AAAUUCUCACAUGAUUAAAUCACCAACCAGCAUAACCCCUUUCUAUGUAAACAACUCCUCUCCUGCCGUACUUCAUCAAUUUUCCCUCAUUUUUUCUCUCUGACCAAACACUCUCUCAACUCUCACCAAUGGCUUGCUCAAGCCCUGCUUUGAAGACCAUUUCUUACCCUGCCAAACUAGCCAAUCUAACAAGAUCGCACCCAGCUUCUUCACCCACCUGCACACUCCUGCCUUCCAAGCUCUCAAACCCAUCUCUCACCGGAAGCCUCAAACUCCACUCGACGCCGCCACAAAGCUUCAGCUUUUCACUUCCUAAAAGAUCGUUCAUGUGCAAAAGUCAGGCCGACCCAUCAGGCUCUGCAAGACCCACCAAAGUUCAUGAACUGUCCGUGUACGAGAUCAACGAGCGUGAUCGUGGAAGCCCUGCCUACCUCCGGCUGAGCCAGAAAUCUGUCAAUUCCCUUGGCGAUCUCGUCCCUUUAAGUAACAAAUUGUAUACCGGGGACCUGCAAAAACGGGCGGGGAUCACAGCAGGAAUAUGCAUUUUGAUCGAAAACAAAGCGGAGAAGAAAGGUGACAGGUACGAGGCGAUCUACAGCUUCUACUUCGGGGACUACGGUCACAUAUCGGUGCAGGGAGCGUACUUGACCUACGAGGACACGUACUUGGCGGUGACCGGUGGCUCCGGGAUCUUUGAGGGCGCGUACGGGCAGGUGAAGCUGCAGCAGAUCGUAUUCCCCUCCAAGCUCUUCUACACGUUCUACUUGAAAGGCAUCAAGGCCGACUUGCCUGAGGAGCUUCUCGGAAAGCCAGUUGAGCCGAGCCCGGCGGUGGAGCCGAGUCCUGCUGCAAGGGCUUGUGAACCCCACGCCACUUUAGCCAAUUUCACAAACUAAUUUUGGAAGUGGAUGGUUGUGUGCACGAUGCGGAAAAGCAGAAUAAUUUUUGUGAUUUUGGGACAUGACAUCCUAAUCGACAUUUAGACCAUCCAUGGCAGAUAAGAAUACACGGCAAUUACUUAUCCUAGUAAUUUGGUUCGGUAACUGAACAUGCGAGUCUUACAUUACAUAUUCUAAUUACUAGUAAUUUAGACAGAUAAUUACCAUAAAUCCUUAUCUGUUCAUGACAGGUUAUCAAUCAUGAGUCCAAUUUAGUGUUGUGCCAGUAUAACUUAAUCACUU